CUGUACAACUGUCACUGAUAUUAUAAAAGUGAAAUCUAAAAGUCCAUGACGCUGUGACGUAAUACACCGGAAAUUAUGGCAGAUAUGGCGGACUGCUUUAAGACACUAGAAACUGAAACUGUUUUUGUACUGCGUCAGUGCUGAGAGGAGAGGGGUGACUCGGAUCUUGGUUACACAGAAUAGUUGCCGUAUUUGAUCCUCAGAGGGUUUCUGCAGACAUGGAGCUUCUAGCACUUCUGUUUCUGAGCUUCUGUUUCCUGACUUUGUCCGGACGGACGUUUGGUGCUGAAUCCGAGACACCUGUGGCCAGAGUGACUGUGCGAGAAGAUGAUGAUGUUAUUUUACCCUGUUCCCUCGACACCAAUGAGAACAUUGAGUCAAUGCUGUUUGACUGGGUUAAGGAAGUCCCUCGAAAGGAGGUGUUCAUGUAUCGUAAUCGCAGUCAUUACAAUAAUGGUCUGCCAGGUCAAGAUGUGGAGUUCAAAGGUCGAGUCUCACAUUAUCCAGAAGAGCUGAAGUACGGAAACGCCUCCAUAAGACUAAAACAAACUAGGCUGGAGGACAAAGGAACCUAUACCUGUAUAUUCCCAGAAAUAAAGCCCAGUGAAAAAAUCUCCCGCAUUGAGCUUGUUGUUGAGCCUGUAUUAAAGAUCCGAAACUUUCCAGGUGCAGCUCCAGAGCCUUAUGUCACAAUACUUAAAGAAAAGGGGCUGCUGCAGUGUAAGGUUCCAGGUGCUUCUCCUAAACCCACAGUUGAGUGGAGGGACAGUGACAACAAAACACUUCCUACUAAGACUGUGCAAGAUGAAGAACAACAAGGUCGCUUCCACGUCAUGGUCCAGACUACUGUAACUGAGCCUGGCUGUUAUCACUGUGUAGCCACACAGAUGGAAAAGUGGCAUCGGAUUUCUUCAGAGAUCUGUGUGCAUCGUGAAAAGACAGCUCAACCACCCUCAGGGCUCCCUGAAUGGGCUGCCGCACUCAUCGGUGGUUUUAUUGUUGUCGUUUUUGUUGUUGCUGUUGGUGUUGUGCUUAAGGUUAAAGGCUACAGUUUGAAGAAAGAUUCACAAAGAAUGGAAAAUGGCCCCUCCUCAGAGCUGGAGAGAAAUCUCACCUCUGAACAACCUUAAAAACUGUGAAGUAGUGGUCUUUUUAACCAGUUUUUUUAUUUUUUUUUUAUUUAAUCAAGACAGGAAAACAAGUUGGCGCUUUUAUUUGUAUUUAUAAUCUUAAUAGGUUGUAUUUUGUUUUUUUCAUUGUACUGAAUUACUGAUUUAUCUCACAGGCCUCAAUAUCUGGUUAUAAUAUGGACAUUGCAUGUUUUAUGUUAUUUUCAGUCUUAAAAUCACUGUCGAGUGAUGAGAACAUUGUAACCGUCCAUCCAUCCAUCCGCUUAUUCUUUUUCAGGGUCGCGGGGGAUGCUGGAGCCUAUCCCAGUUAUCAUAGGGUGAGAAGCAAGGUACACCCUGUCGCAGGGCUAACACACAGAGACAAACAAGCAUUUACACUCAC